CCACCUCCCCAGUGGUGUCUCCCGGCUCCAGCUGACCGGCCUGGAAUCCCGGCUGGGAGCCCUGCGCCCCCCCGCCUGCCGCUGCCGCCGCCCCGCUCACCGGCCCCACCAUGGGAGACGCCGGCAGCGAGCGCAGCAAGGCGCCCAGCCUGCCACCGCGCUGCCCCUGCGGCUUCUGGGGGUCCAGCAAGACUAUGAAUCUCUGUUCCAAAUGCUUUGCUGAAAAAAGAAAUCCACACAACGAAAAAGAUUUCCAGAAGAAACAGCCGGACGAUGACUCUACUCCCAGCACAAGCAACAACCAGUCAGAUUUGUUCUCUGGAGAAACAAACAGUGACAACAGCAAUACCUCUCUAACCAUGCAGGCCGCUAACUCCAACCAGCAACAUUUGACAGAACUGAAUGUAACUUCACCGAGCAAAGAGGAAUGUGGGCCAUGCACAAGUACAGCUCAUGCCUCGUUAACGACACCAACCAAAAGAUCUUGCAACUCAGAUUCACAGUCGGAGACUGAGGCUUCUCCUGAGAAACGGCCACGGCUACUGGAUGACAGUAAUGACAGGCCUGAAGAAACCAGUCGAUCCAAACAGAAGAGUAGACGCCGAUGCUUCCAGUGCCAAACAAAACUGGAGCUAGUACAGCAGGAACUGGGAUCAUGUCGCUGUGGUUAUGUGUUCUGUAUGUUACAUCGCCUGCCUGAACAACAUGACUGCACAUUUGACCACAUGGGACGUGGGCGUGAGGAAGCCAUUAUGAAAAUGGUGAAACUGGAUCGGAAAGUAGGGAGAUCUUGCCAACGCAUUGGCGAAGGAUGUUCCUGAGUGCAAGACUGCAACCAAAUGCUGUUCUCUUAGUUCACUAAUGUUAGCCUUAUUUAGGACAAAGUCAGCCAGACACCUUGUACUAGGCAAGUUUCAGACUACAGCCAAUCAGUUUCCUUUCUUUAGCCAGCUGUCCUGGUACUGUAGUUUAGGGAUUGAUGGUGGUUGAAAUUGAUUUCUGGCUGGUUACUAACGUGCCUGCUAGCCACCGAAUAAAAAUAAAACAUGAAGAAAUACUA